GAGGAGUAGAGGGAGUAGAGUGAGUCGUGGAAGGUCGUGGAGCGAGGAAGGAGGUGAUCGGUGGCAGGAAUGACAGGUGGACACGUUGGUUGUUUGUUUUGUAUGUUUUGAGAAGGUUACGAAUAAAUUCACCGAAAUUGACAUUUAGUUUGCUUUGACUGUCUGUACCGGUGUUGACGACGUCUUUAAUUGUUUAAUGCCAGAAGAGGUGUCAGUGAUACAGGUAUUAAUAAUUUCCCACGUAAUCAUCAAUCAACACAACACAACAAAUCGAAGUGCGUAAGUUAAAGAAUAGUCCUAACAUUGCAUAUGAUGAUAAGCUGCCUUGAGAGAUGAGGAUUGUCCAGUUAAGAAAAAGUCGAUUGUUCAAGCUUGUUGCUGCCGCACUUUGUAUAAUUCCUCUGAUCUACAUUGUGUUCUUGCAGUCCAGUCAUGAAGAUAUCAAGUUCAGUGCCUUUAGUUCUAAGAAGGUUAAAACGAAACCUCAGUUAGUGAGUGAGCUUGGGAAUUUUGAUCCACGAAAUGUUGCUGACAGAACUGGAGCUGGUGAAGGUGGUAGGCCUCAUAUUUUGCGGGAUGACCAACAGAAUGAUGCAUCCCAAACGUUGACAGAAUUUGGAAUGAACAUGGUUUGUUCAGAUGAAAUCUCCUUGAGUCGAUCAAUCCCAGAUACAAGACUUGCAGAGUGUAAACAUUGGAACUACCCAGAAGACCUGCCUAAAGCAAGUGUUAUCAUUGUAUUCCAUAAUGAGGGUUGGUCCACACUUCUGCGGACAGUUCACAGUGUGAUAAAUAGAUCUCCCCCACAGUUCCUGGAGGAGGUCCUGCUAGUAGAUGACUAUAGUAAUAAAGACCAUUUGAAAGGAAGACUUGAACAAUACAUAACACGAUUUGAUGGGAAAGUAAGACUUAUACGGAACAAAGAACGUGAAGGUUUAAUUCGCACUCGUUCAUAUGGUGCAAAGGAAGCUAGAGGAGAGGUUAUUCUAUUCCUGGAUGCUCACUGUGAAGUAAACGUUAACUGGCUACCACCACUGUUGGCACCAAUAUACAGAGACAAGACUAUCAUGACUGUACCUGUGAUUGACGGUAUUGACUUCAAGACUUUUGAGUACCGCCCUGUGUAUCAAGGUGGACAUCAUUAUCGUGGUAUUUUUGAAUGGGGGAUGCUUUAUAAAGAAAACGAACUUUCUCAGAAAGAAGCGAAAAAGAGGGAGCACAACAGUGAACCUUACAAGUCUCCCACUCAUGCAGGUGGUUUGUUUGCAAUGAACCGUGACUACUUCCUGUCACUGGGCGCAUAUGAUCCUGGGCUUCUGGUCUGGGGAGGGGAGAACUUCGAGUUGUCCUUCAAGAUUUGGCAGUGUGGUGGCAGCAUUGAAUGGGUUCCCUGUUCACGUGUUGGACAUGUUUAUCGUGGUUUCAUGCCAUACAAUUUUGGCAAACUUUCUCAGAAGAAAAAGGGACCUCUUGUGACUAUAAAUUACAAACGAGUGAUAGAAACAUGGUUUGAUGACAAAUUCAAAGAGUACUUCUACACACGGGAACCCCUCGCCAGAUUCUUAGACAAGGGGGAUAUCAGUGAGCAGCUGGCUUUGAAAGAGAGACUGGGUUGCAAAAGUUUUGAGUGGUUCAUGGAUAAUGUUGCAUAUGAUGUGUAUGACAAGUUCCCAGCGUUGCCACCGAACCUUCACUGGGGCGAGAUUGGCAGCGUAGCAUUGUCUUCACUUUGCUGGGACACUUUGGGGCAAGAUGCCCCAGCUUUUAUAAGCGUUUAUGAAUGUAUGGGUGAUAACAACAAUGGUGAUCUGUCUCAGCUAAUACGACUGAAUGCAAAAGGGCAGCUUGGUGUUGGGGAACGAUGCAUUGAAGCAGAUACUCAGGGAAUAAAACUGGUCUUCUGCCGUCUAGGUACUGUGGAUGGACCCUGGGAAUAUGAUGAGACAAGUCGCACUCUGUUCCAUCGUGUACACAAGAAGUGUGUGGCCCUCCAUCCUCAGACCUCUCAUCUGUCUCUCAUGCCUUGUGAUACUGUCAACACAUACCAGCAAUGGACAUUCAAGGAGCUGCAGCCCAAGUACUAACAGCCUCAUCCUGGUUCACUGUCCCCCUCCAGAUAGUAGGAGCAAAGUGAGUUGCAGUUGCAUCAACAUUCCAUUUCUCGAUACAGAGACUGUGAUAAUCAGAGACUUCAUAUGAAUCCAGAUGAAUAGGGAAAUUUUAUUUCAGGCCAGGGUUACUCUCACGAUAUCAUUAUAUAUAUCACCACUGUUUUAUGAAGGAUGGGGUGAAGUGGUGGGUUUGGGAAACACAUUUUUAUGAAAACUAUUUAUUUUUUACUUUUUUAUUCUAUUGUAGCUGUUAAUUUACAUCCUGUUUGUCAAUAUAACUGCAUUUUAGUAAAACAAUUAAUAUACAAGUGCUGGUGCUUCAAUCCAGGCAAAAUACAAUUAUGUAUUGCAUUCUGUUCUAGAAGAAUGCAGCUGUAUUACUGUUCCCACUGCACAGUCAACACAAAAUACAGUUCUUGCUCCUCAGAUUUAAAUCAUAUUGGUUGGUUCUUAGUUUAUUUACCAACACUUUCCAGUUGCAUUAGUGUCAAGUGGUAGGAUGCUGUAAGUGAUGAACUGGAAAGGAUGUAAACUGAAGAAGCCAUUGAUCUGUCCUAGCAUUUUUCUGGAGAGACUGAGAAAGCUGCAGAAUAGCUAGUGUCCAGGUCAAUACAUGGGAUAUCCUAAACAUGAAGCAGAAAUGGAUAUCAUUCUAGCAGGCUGUAGUCUGCUUCAGUACAAAGUAUGGGGACAGACCCAAGGAAUAAGGAGAGUGUACCAGCAUAUCCAGAUUCGGCCUUGCAGGAAGCGUUUUGGAUCGUGGUAGCAAGCAAUGGGGUAAUGUGUUGUGGAGGAAGAUCACAUGACAUUCCAGCAGUUCUUAUUCUUUCUGAAACAGAACUGCAUAACACAGUGCAUGUAACAAUGCCAUGUAAUAUGCACUAUAAAGCACAGCAUUUUUAUGAAUACUUCUGCCAUAGUGAGACCAGCAGCCACAGCUCAGCACUUUCUUGCUUCAGUUCUAGGUCAAAUGAGUACAUCCAUGACUCAGUCACCAACAAAAUCUGAUUAACAUUGUAAAUGAUUGUAGAUGGAAACACAUUGACCAUCAUUUGACAUGGGGCACUUUGAACAGAUCAUCUUCCUUCAACAUUCGGUAAGGAUGUGCCGGCAAGACUUAUAUUUUUUUCUGCUGUAAGUAAAAUGCUGUGAAUUUGAACAUUGUACCAUGUCAGUGUGCUGUCAAGCAUAUCACUGCUGGGGGCAUCUCUUGCAUCUUCCCACUAAGCAUUAUGGCAUUCACCCACCAUCAGACAAUUCAAUUCAACAGGAUGCAGAUCCCUGAGUCUUCCUUCAGCAGGUUAUGACACUUGCAUGGCUUAUUUCGAAGUAUCACAUGGAACUUGAUCACUGACCUCAUAUUCAUACACUUGAAAGUCCUUAUCCAUAGCUCAACACUGUGAGAGUAAACAUAACAACUGCUCUGCCUGCCAAUUGCAUAGCUGUACUAAUGCCACUCAAAUGGGGAGUUCGUUCACACAUUUCAUUACAUACUGAUGCGACCAUGCAUAAAACUUCUUGGCUGUCCUCAUAGACUUCUAAUGUCUUUUUUUAAAUUCUUUAUGAUUAAUUGUUAGCAUUAGACCCCACACACCUUGUCAACUAUGAGUAUUAUGUGCUUAUUCAGUCUUUCAUUUCCAUGUAGAGCCCAUGCAUGUAUAGUGCGGUUGCAUUUUAUGUGAGGAUGCAUUCCUGAAGUACUUGCAUAAUUCAAGACAAGAUUACUCAUAGGACUAAUAGUAGUAAUAAUAAUAAUAAUAAUAAUAAUAAUAAUAAUGGGAUUUGCAUUGUUUCAAACUUUGCACAUAAAUUGAGAUUUUAUUAAUAUUUUUAUAUUGCACUAUUUCACAUUCACAUAAUUCAAAUCUGCAUAAAAUGCAACCACGCUGUAGUCUGCUGAGGUCACAUGGGUCUGUGUAGCAUUUGUGAAAGUUUUUUGUUCUGCAGAAUUCUGAGAAUGGUGACCCAUGUUCCUGUCUUGAUCUUUAGAAUCUCUGUUUUCAUUAUUUGGAUGACUGUGGGCCAGACAUAAUGAUGUCAUAACUUCCCUUACUGACUAUAUCAUCUGCAGAGCAAAGAAUAUACAAAGUGCUUGUGUAAUGCAAUCCAAUGAUAUGUUUUUAUGGAACAUUGUUAAGUAUUAUAUUCUCCAUAAGAAGCUACUCUGAUGCUUCAUCGUGUAUGAAAUGUGUGUUUGCUCGACAAGUGUAAAAGGUGUGUUGUCUAUACAGUGAAUUACUGAUAGUAGACCAUAACUGUUCUGGCACGUACUUGCCAGUGCCAUGCACCAGUAGUGAUGUCUGAUAAAGAAGCUUCCUUGCUCUGUGAGAAGCCAAGCACUGUUAUCAGUGCUGUCUUGCACUAGGGGCACUGAUGAGUAUGAAACAAUGAUGAGCUGUCUGAUCUGGUCAUAACAGUACUGAAUAGUAUCAGUUUAUUUAGCAUUAAUAGUGAGAAUUACUCUUGGACAAGCCUUGUGUGAAAAUUAAACUGUUUAUGUUCAUAUACUUCCUGCUAUAUAACUGGAACAUAUCAUGUCUUGUGCCUAUUGUGUAAGUGAGUGGUAGACUAAUAUUAAUGCACCAAAAUGUGAAUGCUCCUUGUUUGUAAUAAAUAUAAUAUUGAAUUUU